AUGUCAUACAACGGCAUAGGUCUAUCCACUACUCGGGGAAGUGCGACGAAUGGAUACGUUCAAAAGAAUCUAUCCAACGUACGACCGCCAAGGGAUGAUUUCCGUAAAGGUACAGGAAGUACGGCAGAUUAUCGAAAACGAGAAGAACAAAGGGUUCAGCAUCGUCAACCGGACGAAGGGAUUCUAGAGCAUGAACGUAAACGCAAGAUUGAAGUUCGAUGCUUGGAGCUGCAGCUACAACUAGAGGAAGAUGGGGUUGAGGAGACAAAGAUUGAAGAGCAGGUAGCUGAGUUGAGAAAGAAGUUGUUGGAGCAAAUGGCUGAACAACAACAGAAAGCUCAACAAGAAACGAAAGCACUCCGACCUUCUGAUACACAUGCUUGGGGAGCUGCAAAAGCGGAUGAGACUAGAAACCUGUCAAGAGCUUUGGGCGUUCGGCAAGAUUACAAAGAAGGAGAUGCAUUUGAUCGUGACUUACAAGAAAAGAUGAAGCAGGAAAGGAUUGAAGAGAGGAAGAGGAGGGACGAAGAGCGUGUUCGAGCAGCUGAAGAGCGC